AUGACGGACCGCAACGCAAAGGUAAAGAGGAAGAGACCAGCGACAAGAGUCAAAAUGAUUGAUGCUCAACACGGGCUCACACAAGUCUCUAAACUUGCAGCGAGUCACUCUCUACUUUUGACUCCGAGGAUAUUCAGCACAAUCACAGUGGCAACGGGCUGGGGACGAAUACUCAUUGGACCUCGGGACAGACCCGGUGGAGUAGGACAAUCACACCAUUGGACAGUAGUAAGCUCCCCAAGGGAAAAUGUCCUGACCGGCUGUUUCUCCGUCUCCGUUCAUGUCGGCUAUCGCCCAGACAAUUGA